AUGGUGAUCUACGUCUGCUUCUUUAAAGGAGCGACAGACGACAUACUGCCCAAGAUGGUGUCCACACUGUUGAACCUGCGGCUGUGUGAGUCCGAGUCGGGGAAGAUGGUUUCGGUGUCGGACCUUCCCGGCAGCCUGCUGAUCGUCCCUCAGGCCACGCUGGGCGGGAAGGCCAAAGGCAAGGCCAUGCAGUACCACAACAACAUCGGCAAAGAGGACGGACUGCGGCUCAACAGCGCCUUCGUCUCUCUGUGCGAGAAGGAGAUGACGGCAGCCGCCGCUUCAGCCGAGGUGACGGUGAAACACGGGACGUAUGGAAACAGACAAGUGCUGAAGCUCCACACCAACGGACCUUACACACAUCUGAUGGAGUUCUGA